AAACAUCGCUGCCGUUUGUCACAAUCUCGAAAUUCGAAAAGUAAUUAAAGAUGGCUCGUACGAAGCAGACCGCUCGUAAGUCCACCGGAGGGAAGGCUCCUCGGAAGCAGUUGGCCACGAAAGCCGCCCGCAAAAGUGCCCCAGCGACCGGAGGAGUGAAGAAGCCACAUCGGUACCGGCCGGGAACCGUUGCUCUGCGUGAGAUCCGGCGUUAUCAAAAAUCAACCGAACUGCUGAUUCGCAAGCUGCCGUUCCAGCGGUUGGUGCGAGAAAUAGCUCAAGAUUUCAAGACAGAUCUCCGCUUCCAGAGUUCGGCCGUUAUGGCGCUGCAGGAAGCCAGUGAAGCCUAUUUGGUGGGGCUGUUUGAGGAUACCAAUCUAUGUGCCAUCCACGCGAAACGUGUCACCAUCAUGCCGAAAGAUAUACAAUUGGCUCGUCGAAUCCGAGGCGAACGUGCUUAAACUUGAAACUUGACCAUCGAUUGA